AUGGAUGGGCGCCACAUCAGAAAUAACAUGAUAAGCUACCUACACUCUUCCGCACAGAAUAAAGUUGUAAAACAUUUGAAACUUACCAGCGGCUACAUAGAAAUACAGAAUUCAUCUUCACUCCCGCGUGCGUCCAUCGACCAGCAACUCACCAUCGCCAAAAUUUGCCGCCAGAAUCCACCGCCACUAGUCCACCACUUGAAGGCCGUCGUUGUCCUCCUUGGUCCUGAUGAACUUGAGGCUGAAAGUGAAAACAUUCAAUGUGAUGUGAAUGUUGAAGAUAGUGUCAAUGUCGAAGAUGGAGUGAAUGUGAUUCCCUCUUCAAGUAGUGGUCCGUUAGAGCCAUUCAUUGGUAUGAUAUUUGAGGAGGUCGAAGACGCCCAAACAUUUUACAAGGCAUAUGCAAGGCGACAAGGAUUCGCAAUCCGGACGAAUCAUACUCGAUUGUCGAAAGAUGAUAAAACUCUUUGUGCAGUAGACUAUGUUUGCACAAGGGAAGGAUUUCGGCGAGUAAGUCGGAAAGACACAGAUCGACAACUCCCUGAACCCGCUGAGACAAAGAUUGGAUGUAAGGCAAUGAUGGGAAUAAAGAAAGAUGGUGAAAAGUGGAUAGUCAACAUGUUUGUAGUUGGACAUAAUCAUAUUCUACUUACACCGAGAAGUACUAGCUUCCUUCGUGGGCAUAGGAGAGUUACUAAAGUCCAAAAAAAACUUAUUAUGACUUUGAAUGAAUCCGGUGUACCGACAAGGAAAAUAAUGUCGGUGUUGAGUAAAGAUUCAGGUGGUGAAUUUAAUGUCGGUUGUAUUGGCAAGGAUGUAGAAAAUUACUUGGGAAGCAAAAGGAGGAAAAUAUUUGAAGAAGGGGAUGCACAAAGGUUAUAUUCAUACUUUCUUGAUCGACAACUCAAAGAACCUGGGUUUGUUUUCUCCAUGCAAGUUGACAAGGAUGGGAGUAUGGGAAGCUGUUUUUGGGCUGAUGCGAGAUCAAGAGCUGCAUAUCAAUAUUUUGGGGAUACCAUAAUGUUCGGUUGUGCUUUGUUGGUUAAUGAAACGGGAGAAUCAUAUACAUGGUUAUUGAGAACAUGGCAAGAAGCAAUGCUUGGGCGUGCCCCAUCAACGAUAAUUACCGAUGAUGACAAGCCGAUGGCUAAGGCAAUUGUAGAGGUACUCCUGAAUACAACUCAUAGGUUGUGCUUGUGGCACAUUUUACAAAAAUUUCCCGAACACUUGGCCCAUGUAUACAACAAGUUUCCGGACUUUCAGAAAGAUUUUCGUCAUUGCAUACAUGAGACAAUUACUACUGAUGAGUUCGAGCAAGAAUGGGCUUUGAUUAUGGUGAAGUAUGACUUAGGAGAAAAUACUUGGCUGCAAAAUCUGUACAGCCGACGGGAUAAGUGGGUACCAACCUACUUGCGUUCGACAUUUUGUGCUGGUAUGUCAACAACUCAGAGGAGUGAGAGCAUGAACAAAUUUUUCAAAGAUUAUGUUCGUUCAAGCACUAUGGUUAGUGACUUUGUGCAUCAGUAUGAGAAAGCUAUAAAUGUACGUUACUUUAAAAAGAAAGAGAAGGAUGUGCGGACAAAAUCUACGCGGGCGAUAAUGAAGACACCUUUUAAAAUUGAAGAGGAGGCGGCGAUUGUUUAUACAAGAAAGUCUUUCACGAUCUUCCAAGAUGAGCUGUUCAAUAGUCUACGGUACCAAGCAAGAAAAUUGUAUGUGAGUGGUGAGGCCAAGACAUAUGGAGUGACAGCUCAUGGUAAAGAAACAUCUAUUUAUCACGUGACUUUGGAGGGUGAUGAAGGACAUGCUACAUGUACAUGCCAUAAGUGGGAGUUUAUGGGGAUUCUUUGUAGACACAUAUUAUGUGUUUUUGGCAAGAAAGCGAAGUUAAAUAUAUUGCCACAACAUUAUGUUCUAGACAGAUGGACUAUUAAUGCUAAGAGUCGACCCAUUCCCGACAUACCAUGUUCUGAUGACCAAGUGUGGCAAGUACAAGAUGAGGCUACGAUGAGAAAAAGCAAGUCAAUGAUACAACUUUAUGACAUUGUUGAACUUGCAUCACAGUCAGCUAAAAAACACAAUCACUUUACACUUGCUUUGGAAAAGGUUCACAAAGAGUUACUUGCAAUGGAAGAUCAUGUAGAAUGUUCACAAACGAUGCCCAUCAAUGAAUGUAUACCAUCUAGAAGUCAAGUUAUAUCUAACUUCUCACAAACGGUGCAGGAUCCUCCACGGGUGCCCACAAAAGGGCGCCCAAAGUCUUUGAGAGCGAAGAACCCAAAGGAAACACAAACAACAAAGAAAAGACGUUGUAGCAUUUGCAAGAAUGAGGGACAUGCUAAAAAUAAUUGUCCUUCAGUGAGGUAUAGUAGCCUUAUUGCGUUGCAGAGUUUGGGAGAGUUUGCAAAUCUUGGUGUACCAGCAGCGAUGUAA